UCAAAUGCUCCACCGCCGUCAACAGAGCUCCAACGUAUUUUUUGUUAGGCGCGAGUGCGUCAUUAUUAUACACAAAUCAAGGAAAAUCAAUUGUGGUGCCAAAGUGCGUGCAAUUAAAGUGUCAAAUUAAGUUUAAGAAGCCCCAGACAAGCACGAAAUGGAGCGUAUUUUGAGGGGAAUCAUGCGGUACAGAAAUACGACAAGGGAGCAAAUGGUCAAGGAGUUCCAGAAAGUCCGCGACAAUCCAGAACCCAAGGCCGUCUUCUUCACCUGCAUGGACAGUAGAAUGAUUCCCACCCGGUACACCGACACUCACGUGGGCGAUAUGUUUGUGGGUGAGUAAAUCCAGUCGAGCUGAUAGUUUAUGGCUUAACAUUCCUGCCGAUUCCCACGGAUAAGUGCGAAAUGCUGGCAAUCUGAUUCCCCAUGCCCAGCACUUCCAGGACGAGUACUUCAGCUGCGAACCGGCAGCUCUGGAGCUCGGAUGCGUGGUGAACGACAUUAGACACAUAAUAGUUUGCGGACACAGCGACUGCAAGGCAAUGAACCUUUUGUACCAACUGAGAGAUCCUGAUUUCGCUUCUAAGCUUAACCGACGCCUCUCACCAUUGCGAUCUUGGCUGUGCACCCAUGCCAACACCAGCUUGGAGAGGUUCCAGGAAUGGCGCGACGCUGGCAUGAAAGAUCCACUGAUUUUCUCUUCGGAGACUCCGCUACGUCGCUUUGUGGCCUACAUCGAUGAGGAGCAGAAAUUUGCCUUGGAGGACAAAUUAUCCCAGAUCAACACACUGCAGCAAAUGUCCAACAUUGCCUCGUACGGCUUCCUCAAGGCUCGCCUAGAAUCCCACGAUCUUCACAUUCAUGCUCUUUGGUUCGAUAUCUACACCGGUGACAUCUAUUACUUCAGCCGCGGAGCCAAACGUUUUCUGCCUGUUGAUGAAGACACCGUGGAUCGAUUGUCCGAGGAGGUCAGAAGAUUCUAUUCGUAGGCGAAACAUGCCAAGAGGACCAAAUGGAUUAUCUGUGAUAUGUGGGCCUUAUACCGCGAUCGGCAUUUACAAUUUACCAAUACUUAGGAUUGUUUUUCGUAUUUAUAAGUGUGUAAUUGUUUUUGUAUAUAAACUUAAGGCCUACAAAGGUUU